AUGUCCUCCGACAACAAGAACAAGCAAGAGCUCAACUCCCUCGCCCAGUCCGCCGAGCGCGACCUCAACAGCUGGGAAUCCAAGACGGGCCACCGCCGCACAGGGCUCGAGGACGACACGGGCAUCAACGAGUUCAAUGCCUCCAAGAAGUUUCCCGGCACCGAGAUCCAUUACGGCGACAACCUGGUGACCAACGCAUCGUACAACCGCAAGAUUCCACAGCAGGAGGGCGGGGAUUUGGAUGAUAAGGGACACCUCCUCCGCGGCUCAGCCUACGAAGGCCACGGCGGUCCCGAAGACAAGACGGCGCACAUCUACCAGCAUAACCCCGGUUCCAUCGACGAGUCCGUCGUUCGGGGCUGGGGCAAGGACCCGCGCGAGCUGAACACCGUCGACCCUUCGCGUCCGGACUUGCUCCCCCCCGAGAUGGCGCGCGGUCACGGGUACGAGAACACGGAUGGCAAGCCGCGCCGGCACCAGGAGGGCGUGCUGGAAAGCGGAAGAAAGGCGGCGCAGCUCAAUGUCUAUGGAGAAAAUACCGGUCUGGGUCAUAGAGUGGAUUUGCCCGCUGGUGCGAAGGGCGGGAAUAAGUGGAGGGGGUCGGAAUGGGAAGCGCCUGAGAGUGUACCCGACCAGGCGGCGGAUAUGAAUGAGGUCCCGCCGGAGAGUGUUGUGGAGACUAGUAAGAACUUGCGCUAG